AUGUGCCCCCAGCUUGAUCUUGAGCCCUACCGGAGGGAAAUCACCCAACUUGCGGGUUCGAAUUGCUCGCAUGAGGCUAUUCGCAUCUUCCUUCUCCAUACGCACGGCGUGUGCGCUUCCACGAAUACGAUAUCCCGGCGCCUACAGUCCUGGGGCCUCCGUACACGCCGGCUUUACCUACCUGCAGGCGCUCGCGAUGCGAUCGUAUGUGAGCUCCUCCGGCUAUCAUUGAGUACUGAGGAGAUCCUUAUGAUCCUUGCGAAGAAGGGUAUGCCAUCCUCUGAACGUACCCUACGCCGCACUCGAAAGAAACUUGGUAUUCGGCUCCGCAUUGACGAUCCUCGCGAGCGCGAAGCGCAGGAAGAAGAGGUCGAGUUGAUUCUUAUGACGGAAGAUCAGAUUGGAGAGAUCGAAGGAUAUAGCCGCCGUUUACAACGGGUCUUCUUACGCCGCCAUAGAAUAUUCAUCUCUGAGUAA